CUAAAAUCUAUGCAGCAAAAAUCAAUCAAUUAAAUACAUAGAAAGUUUAAAUUUCCUGAAAUUGAAGGUUCAAAUAGAUCAAAUCGUUCUAGAGGUUCCCCAACAUCAAGUAGAAAUAAUACAAGUUAAGAGAGAGAUUAAUCUAUUGAUGGUGGAAAUUCAAUAUAAGUCUUUAAAAUAAGGAAUCUUCAAGUAUAAUAAAGAAGUGAAACUCCAAAUGAAGAUAAAGUAUUCAAUAUGAGCAAGAGUACUCGUCUCAAAAGUAGAUAAGAGCCAAAUGAAGAUUAUACUGAACAUAAUUAAUAGGAAUUAGUUUUGCCAAAAAUUUAUUCACCAAUCAUAACUCCACGAAAAAAUAUUGUUUCAAAAAUGAAAGAUUCAUUAUUCAAACCACUUUUAAGUAGAUAAGAAACUAUUGAUCAUCUAAUAAAUAUCAAAUUAUAAAACAAAAUUCAUGAUUAAUUAAAAAAAGGAGUUAAUAUUAAAUGUCUAUAUCUAUCAGAAAGAACAGAUAUGUAAAUUAACAAGAUAAUUGUUUUGAAUUUUGAUAGUAAUUUUGCCUCAUAUAAAAGGUUUGUUGCUUGGGAAAAGAAAAUCUUUUUGGGAAUAUUAGAAUGAAAUAACAAUGUGUUCUUAGAUUAUAGGAUCAAAAUGUGAUAAUUCGUAUUGUGCUUGUGCAAUAUAAAAGGAAUUAAAAUAUACAUUAUCUAUGUAAAAAAUAAUUUAUAUAUAUAUAUAGACUAUCAAAACAAUUUUAUAUCGUGUUACUUUUUGAAAGUGGAAUAAGAGGUAAAGUUUGGUAAUAAUUUUUGAUUGAAAAUGGAUUUUCUAUCGAUGCAAUUUAUAGUUUAUCUAAAAUAAGAUUGGCUGGUGGAGGAAUUAAAAUGAAAUAAAUUAUUACUAAUUUUGGAACUUCUGAUAUCACAUAGCUAUUAUAUUUUGGAUCUAUUGAUUGUCAAUCUUAAUAUGUCAAGAUUCCUAAAGAGUAAUUUCAUUAUCAAAUUCCUAUUUUAUAAGCUAAAAUAAACAUAUAAAUGUACUUGUUUUAAUUACAAAAAUCAAAAUUUUUAGAUUCUAAAUUAUUAUUUGAAAUUUGUAUGCUGAAUUGCAAUAAAUCUGAAAAUUUUAAUUAUAAAAGACCAAUUACUGUUGUCAAUUAUGAUCUUGAACCUAUAAUAAAAUAAAUGAUUUAAAAUGAAGAAGAUAAUCAUAUUUAAAAUCAUAUUUUUUAAAAUUUGUAUAUAUAAAUUUAUAUAUUAAAUAGAAAAGUAGAAGAAGAUAUAGUCUAAGCAAUAGAAGAAGAACAGGAAGAAGUAAAUGAUUAAAAAAAUGUUUUACUAAUUUGGUUAUAUUAAUCAAAAAAAUUACUAUUGGAUUAUUUUAAAAGUAUAAAUAAAGAAGACUAAACACAAAAUCCAAUUAGUAUGAUUGGAGAUGUUUUAAGAAGAAAUUCAUCAAUUUACUGGAAUUAUAUUACUGAAGAUUAUGAGAAAUAAGCAAAGAGAUAUUAAUAAUAUUUAGAAUUAAAAGCUUCAACAACAGCAAAAACUAUUUUUAGAAAAUAAAUUUAAAUUGAUUGUUAAAUUAUUUAUGAUUGA